UUGCAAUUUUUACGUUUGUGUACUUUUACUAUAAAUCAGACGCCUGAACUAACUGAAAGGCAAACAUUCUAUAGGUUCUGCUCAUAACAAAAUUGUCCGUAACGAUUAUUUUUAAAUAAACUAAGUUUAAGGACCUGAAUAUAAUUACGUUGUCAUACUCUGGCUACUCAAAACUUUAUUUAGCCAACAUUUGGGACUGUUGUUCUGUUACUGUUUGGCGUGUUUUGUGUGGCUUGGAUUAGGAGAUGAGUAUUAAUAAAAUGUCAUUCUUGAUUUAAUAACCGCUGCAUACUGCAUAAAUGAUCGUUUUUUGGGGGGUGGUCUGUACGUGAGUCGGUGGAUGAUCGUUUUUUGGGGUUUGAUGUCGGAUGCGAGUUGAGUGGAAUCCGAGACGGUACCAGCGCGUGUCGUGGAAGGGAUAAAUGCCCUCUCUUGAAGCGCUACCCCCGCAAAGAGGACUCCAUGUCUUUCUUGGACUGCUCCUGCAUCUCCCACUCUCAGGUCCGGCCAAUCAGCUUAGAGGAUCAGUAUGAGGACAUCAGCCAUCAAUUCCUGAGCUCUGAUGUCUCAGACUGCACUGUCAUCGUGGCCACAGGCUGCGAUGACCUCACAGGCCUCUCUGCUGAACCCUCCCACUAUCAGAUGCUGUCCGAACUCGGGAAAGGCUUCAAUAACAUGAGCCAGGUUAGUAUGGCGCGCCACAUCCCCUCCGGCCAGCUGGUGGCAGUCAAGCACACCAACCUGGACGAGUGUACCGAGGAUGAACUCCUGCAGCUGAUGAACGAGGUGCUUCUCUCCAGACUGUUCCGCCACCCCAACUUGCUGACCUCGCGCCUGGUCUUCAGCUCCUGCUGUCAGCUGUGGGUCCUCACACCGCUCAUGAGCUACGGUUCUGCAGAUGCGCUGCUGAGGACAUGCUUCCCUGAUGGGAUGAGUGAGUCCCUGAUAGCGUACCUCCUGUACGGAGUCCUGAAGGCUCUGGAGUACAUGCACCACAUGGGUUACGUCCACAGAGGCUUGAAGGCCAGUCACAUCCUGCUGUCUGGUGAGGGGCGUGUCUACCUCUCGGGGCUGCACAGUGUUUACAGUAUGAUGCGUGAUGGGAAGAGGGUGCGGGCCGUGUUCGACAUGCCUCACCACAGCCCCGCCCUGCUGCCCUGGCUCAGCCCGGAGCUGCUCAGACAGGAUCUCCAUGGUUACGGGGUGAAGUCAGACAUCUACAGUUUGGGCAUCGUGGUCUGUGAGCUGGUGAGUGGCAGGGUGCCAUUCCAGGACAUGCCCCCAACUCAGAUGUUGCUCCAGAAGCUGAGGGGGUCCCACUGCUGUCUGCUGGACGUGGCUCCCUUCCCCCUGGGGGAGCUGGGGGGGCUGAAGGUGUCCCGCUCCGGGGUGGACUCUGGUAUCGGGGAGAGCGUCGCCAUGGGGAGCCUGACCCGCACGGCCCCAGAGAGACCCCAGAGCCCUGCGCCCAAGAACCACUCAGCCACACUGCACAACCUGGUCCAGCUGUGUCUGCAGCAGCAGCCUGAACGCAGACCCUCUGCCUCCGCACUGUUGUCCCAUGCCUUCUUCAAGCAGGUAAAGAGGCAUACCCGUGACUCCUUCCUCAGUCUCAUGUACCCCGCCGUGCCCCUCUCCAGCCCUGACGAGCCCCCAGUCUCCUGCCCCCCCACCCCAUCCUGCCACAUCCCGACCGUCCCCACAACCGACCCCACAGAAGGGAUGUGGGAUUUCUCCUAAAUGCCACCAGGACCCCCAUCCCCCUUCCCAAAGUCUCUGACACCUGAUAACUGAGCCCAUCUCAAGACAAUCAAAAAAACAGCGAGCCCAAACCUUUCUACUGUGUUUAAAACUGACCGUAUACCCACCACUCUGAGCCUUUCUACUCGUUUUGUAGUUUUUUUGUAUUUGUUUUGAAACUCAGAUAUACUGUUUGGAUUGCCAAGGUGACGAGGAGCACUGGAAACAAGAUCCAGCUCUGCCUGGAUCGACCAAUGAGGAUCUCAAUGCCAGGGGGCAUGUCUGCCAAUCAAUAACAAUGAUGAAAACAAUAAUCAACUGGUGGGACACACCCCCCUUAGUGGAAGAAGACCAAUCACUGGACUCUUAAUAAACACUCCCUGUGCAUAUCUGAAUAACAACGUGUAAUGUGAAACAUGAUAUGUUAUAAGACUGUGAAAGUGGGGUACCUCGAGAGUUAGGGGAGGGAGUUAACGGGGUAAGGGGAAAAAAAGGGUUUGAUUAAGGGAAGGAAUGCAGACACGAGGGCUGAUAUGUGAAACGCGAGUAUUACAUGUACAAUACGUUCUUCCUAAGGUAAAGAUAAUCUCCCUCUCCUUGGUACCAGUGACAUGCCUGUUCUCCUAGAUAAGAACACUACCAUACUGUGCUUUGUGACCAACCUAUCCAACACUGCCUCUUAGUCAUUCAUGUAUGGAACGGAACAUGUAUUAUUUGUACUGAAACCUGUGUAAUGUUCAUGACAAUGUUGAUCCGUGACUGUGGUUAUACUGUGUAUGAGACCUCUAAUGUGGUUUAAAGUACAUAUCAAACAGGUUAACUUUAUGAGCCUUAGAAGCAGCAUUAUAA